AUGCAUAGUCCAGAACACUUUCGUGGUGAAGGAGAAAAGAUUAAACAUGUAAAAGAAUUCGGGAAGGUUGACGGCAUUGUGCAUGUUGAAGACGAGUUCCGUCCCAAGUUCUUGCAGGAGCCCCGAAUUCACCAAUUUAUUAGGGAUGGUACGCUCCAUCGCUCACCCAGCGAGCGGCCCAUAGACCCAUUCGAGCUGUUCCUCGAUCUAGUGCUGGUCGGUGUGGUACAUCAAUUUGCUGAUACAGCCGCAGAAGAAGGCAUUGCAUCGGGGCGUAAGCUCGUUCGCUUCAUUCUCUCCUUCACAGGAGCAUGGUCGCUCUGGAGUGACUACUCCCAUUACGUAAAUAUGAGUGGACUUGACGACUUUCCCCAGCGUGUAUACACUUUUUGCACUAUGGCAAUCCUCAUUGGCUUCUCCGCGAAUUGCACCGGUAUCCCACUCACACAAGAAGAAUUUGACGAUCAUAUUGGCAAGGGUUCUCUUCGUGGCGCACUGGGCUUUUUCCUCGUUGGAAAAUGCAUCAAGUUUAUUUUGCACAUGUACUACGGUUUAAGGCUUCGAAGCUUUUUACUGGAUCAGUGGUUCAGGGCUUUCCGCUUGCUGAUUUUUGCUGCGCUUUGUCUCGGUGCGAUGUUUUCGCCCAAACUGUACAUCUCCGCAAUUUUGUACGGUGUUGGGUACUUGACGGAUGUAUUCCAGCCACUGGUAAUCACGGCGCUAGUGCGCAUUUUUAAUUAUGGAAGAUCAUUGCGAACAGUGACAAUAGCGGAUGAUUCUCAAGGCAUAACCGAUCCAAGCGUCCGUCUGCCUGCUUUUGCUGUGUAUAACAUUGAACACUUUUCAGAGCGCCAUGCGGCAUUCUACACUAUUGUUCUGGGCGAAAGUAUCGCAAGUCUCUUGUACGUUAUUCAUGAUACAGAAGGCACGGCGCGCAAUUCUGUGCCGCCAGACGCGCGCGUCGGUAUCAAUGCUACGUAUGGACGUGCCUUUAUGGUGCUCUUGACUACCUUUUUGCUGGGCUGGCUGUACUUUACGCGAGAUUGGGGAGCAUCUAAAAUUCAUCCAGUCCGGCGCCACUGGUUCACGUUUUUCAUUUAUGUGAAUGUUCAUUGGCCUCUGUGCGCUGCGUUGAACCUUGCUUCCGGCGCUGUGACGAGAAUGGUCAAGUACAGUGACAUUGACGGGCACAGUGGUCUGGAAUGGUACUGGGGUGGCGGCAUUGCCACGGCAAUGGUUUGCCUGGCUGUGUACGACAUGUCUUACAAAUGGGAUUUCAUGACAACACGCCGCUGGAUGGUCUGGUCUGUGCGAAUCUUUUUCCGCCUGGGCAUUGCUGCUGCCUGUGCAAUUCUUCCUCUAGCAUACGGUACUUUGGUGGACUCACUGGACGACUUGCAAUUUGUCUCCAUUUAUGCUUGCUUUAUGGUGUUUUUGGUAGCCGAAGAGCUCAUUGGCAAACUUGUUGUGCUGCGAGAAUCAGAGCGCCUUAAAAGGGAAGCAGCGGGAAAAACGAGAGACCAGCUCGUUCGGGAGCCUUCCCAACUUGAAAGUCCCGAACCCGGGACACCAACCCUUUGA